GACGUCGUCUUUGUCAAAAUCAAUUUUGGUUGGCUGCUACCCGCCGAAUUCGUACACAGAAAAAUAACAAUCGCAAGCAUGGACUCCAGCGCCACGUCGUUAAUAACCCGCGUACUUCUCACUGGUCCGCCCGGAAUAGGAAAGACCACGGUAUGUAUGAAUAUUGCUUCCAUAUUGGAAAAGCAAAAUCGUACAUUCAAUGGUUUUUGUACGGAAGAAGUACGAGGGGAAAAUGGUAGUAGAAUAGGUUUUGAUAUUGUUCUAAUAAAAGAUAAAGAGAAGAGGAUACCUUUGGCACGCACAGAAAAUAGAUUAAGUCAGCAGCAAUUUUCUAAAUAUCGAGUGGGAAACUAUCAUGUGUUUGUUAAUAAUUUCGAAAAUUCUGUUUUGCCGGUGAUAAAAACUGAUGUGGAUAUAUUACUGAUCGAUGAAAUUGGGAAAAUGGAAUUAUAUAGUAAGAAGUUUUAUGACGAAGUGUUCAAUAUAUUUUUUGGCUCGCAGAAUAAAAAAACUUAUAUUGUUGCAACCAUACCACAAAUGCAUAAGGUACCACAACGUUUUUUGACACUAUUUCAAAAGCUACAUGAAGAUAAUAGAUGUAAGGUUAUAAAUGUUAAUCGUCAAAAUCGAAAUAAUUUGCCCAAUGAAAUAGUUUCCAUCGUAUCAUAAAUAUCUGUUUAAAAAAAACACAUAUUUUAUGUACAUUAUAAACAUCAUUUAUUAUUAACAAAACAAAAUAUUAGUUAAAUAAAUUCUACCAAUCACAAUAAAUUUGUAAAAAAGUAGUCACAAAUAAUGUGACAAAAAGUGAUUGGCUGGAAUAUUGUACUACAUAGUCAUGCCAAAUCGCAUAUGUAUUAAUUUUUUUUUUUCCUGAUAAUAUUCACUGUUUCAUAAAAGAAACCACCAUUAUACAGUAAAGAAUAAAUUAAUGAACUAAUAAAUAACAAGUGUCCUGUCUUUAGAAUUUGGCUUUUUACAUAUAAAUAUUUUAACAUAAUCUUUUUAUUCAAAAUCGUUUAGACCAUAUUUUUCAUUUGUGCGCAAAUAUGUCUCUCUUUAAUGAAUAAGGUGGUUUCAUCAAGGGUACAAAAUAGAAAUAUUCCAUCCGCGUCUUCUUGCUUUAAGCAAACAAAAAUUGCUGAUGCAUAAUGAGGCGUUGAUCUUAUCAUAGACAAGAAAACUUGAUAAAUAUGUUUGCAAGUUGACUAAACAAGCAAACUUCUUUCAGUUUUGUACCCACCAAUAAUAUGCAUUCUUUGCAUAUACUAUGAUACAGAAAAUUAUCUAGCUCCUAAAAAGAAUACAAUAGUUAUUGUUGCAGAGAAGUAUAAGUUGCUCUUACCUUCUCCUUUUCAGUAUCAAAUAUAUUAUACACACUUUGAUUGGGCUACUCGUACUCAGUUAUCAUUAUUUAUUUAUUUUUCAAUAAUAUACCUAAGUUGUUCCACUAGCACAUGAAUUUUAGUAACGAGUUAGCAUAUAUCAUUGGCCUUACAUUCGGAUGAGGCUAAAAAAUACACAUGGAAGAAUUACAAAAAAAAGUCUUGUUUUAGUGCCAUCUUUAUAAAAAUAAAACAAAUAAAAAAUGAAAAAAAA